CUACAUAUGUCGUUUGAGGCCUCAUCCUUCGAAGAAACACAAGAAGAACAUUUCCAGAAUGUAGCCCCUUAUCGAUUUGAACCUGAGGCGAGUGAUUCUAGUGAAUCUGAUGGCUCAAGUGAGGACGAUGUCGACAACCCACAGCGGCUCGGCAAUACGGACUGGUGCACUUGUGGAUUCUGUACUCCGAAACCCACACUCAGAGAAAGUAUAUGCUGCACUGAAAUCACCAGGAUUGAUGAAAAGAGAACAUCUUAUCAGAAAGAAUUGCCUUGCAUUACAGAACACCCUGGAUUCCAAUCUGUUUGUCUCGACAUCUACGUCUUGGAGACAGCCUAUUAUCAGUAUCGUUCCCAGUAUGGGGAAUUGCAAAAGACCAUUGAACAAAGAAACAGAUAUACAGCAUAUCGUCAGCUUGUUCGUUGGUGUUGGGGCUACUUGGGGAAGAGUGUUCGUGUCCCACUUCCCUCUUGUGCAGUUACAAAGAUACACCAUUCCUUCAGUUCUGAAGAGUAUCAAGGAUUCAGAGACCCUGAAUGAAUGUCUCCUUCCUCCCAAACCGAGACUGGAAAUUAAACACUGCUUCCUCCUUUUCAGGGUGAAGAAAAUCACUGCACAGAGGAGGUGGUUGCAACUGAGGCAAACAGAGCGCAGGUGGAAAGGCGGGUGCUGGUGUCCGGGAUGAUACCUCAACAUAUCGUAGAGUCUCUGUCAUCAAAUCAGAUGCAUACCCUGAAAUGCAUAGACAAUAUUUAAAAUUUGUAAAAUAUUGAGGACUCUAUCUCUGUUGAUAAAUACAAGUAUCAUUCUCGUGUUUUGCUUGGUAUUGAAUAAAAUUAAAUUCAA